UUCGGACAGACAUGGCUUUGUACUGUCGCACGGUUUCUGUUCACCAAGCGCCUUCCUCCACCACGCCGCCACCGCCCCCGCCUCUGAUCCCGAAACAGAGACCUCUCUUCAAGCUCCCAUCUUCCACCCCAUCGUCGCCGAGCUCGGCCUCUUCUUCCUCUUUCAAAGCACUCGCUCAGACCGAGAGAGCCGAUGGCCGCAAGGUUGCUGAAGAGGACCCUCCUGCUUCUUCCUCUGGAUCACUCUCUUCUGCUCGUACGCAACUGGAUUUUCUGGAGCAACUAACUGCUCCUAGUUCAAGCACAACAGUGAACGGCUACAAGAGCGACAGUAUCAGCGGUAAACUCACUAUCCGCGACCAACUUGCGCAAUUGGUUGGGGACAGACGAGAAGAUUUCAGUGUUUCCUUGGGUAAGAAGAACUUGAAGAAGGUGAGCGAAAAGUUCUUGACCAUCUCGCAGAAGAGAAACAUCAAAAGACAAGCUUACCUGGACGAAGUGUCUCAGAGGAACGAUUCGGUUUUUUUGGCAACUAUUGGAGCGUUUGUAAUUCUUCCGCCUGUUGUAAUUCUAGGGAUAGCAAUAAUAACUGGUUAUGUGCAGCUUUUCCCGUGAGAAUUUUUAUAUAUCUUAUACACAGAUUAUGGCACCAUAUUCAACAAGAGGCUGUUGUUAGUUUCAGUUA